AUGUAUAUCACUGAUUCCGAAGCCGAAAGCAGUGGUGCGCUUGAACUUAUUGAGGAAUUGAUAAAUAAUUGUGGUCAAUAUGAUGAAAAAAUAGUCGCCUUACAGGAAAUUAUUAGUCAAAAAUCAAAACAACUUGAUUUAACUAUAAAAAAAUUUCAAGAUUUAGAUCGUCUUGCGAAAAAUUUGGAUGAGUCCAUUUCAUUAACACGUUCCAGAUCAAUUAAAGAAAUGGAAAAAACCAUUGACACAGCAAAUGGAACCACUGAAAGAAUUGUAGAAAAGAUGCCUUCAAUUCGAAGUCGAAUUAAUGACAAAAGUGAAGUUCUAAAGCAACAACAGGAGCUAUUGACAACAUUCCAGAACCAAGUCGAAAGAGAGAAAAGGUCUGUAAAAAUGCUUGCUAAAUAUAGGAAUAUUCUUGGAGGUAAAUUGACAUACUUUUUUCCAUACCUUGUAAAUCUUGAUAAAUGA